UUUUUUCAGUCACGACGAUCAUAUCCUUACAAACCGCCAUUCGGUGAACUUGUCGAUAGUGAUCCAUCAUUUGCCGAGAUGGAGAAAAUUGUUUGUGGAGCCAAUGGCAAGCGACCACCACUGGAACCAUCAUGGACCAAUGGCAGCAAUAUUCAUCUACAAAAAAUGGUCGGGUUGAUGGUAGAUUGCUGGCAUCAUUCGCCCCAUUGCCGCCAUACAGCUCUUAAAGUGAAAAUUGCACUCGGCGAGGUCAUAGACGAUUUAAAAGCUCUUCAGGAACGUGAAGCAAAGGAGCGGAUAUCCUCGCAAACGAUGAAAGUCAUCGAUGAGGAGGUUGCAUUUGAUUUUCCGCGAAGAAGUCCCAACUCUCCAACAAAGAAGAGAGACGCUUCUACGUACCUCGCCACUUGCUAA